GAAUUAAACUCUUUGCCGAGAAAAACACUCCCCGGAAAAAGAGGAAAAACUACAAAAGGCUUCAUUUCCCCCCAUAUAAUUCAACGCAUCACUUCAAAAAUAGCAUUUAUACCUCAAAUUCCCUUCCCAAAAUAAAGUAAAACUGUUUGACAUUCCGAUGGUAAACGGCCAACGGCGUUCUAUGUUGUCAGUGCGCCAGUCCUGUUGUUGUUGGUAAAUUUUCCUGCGAACGCUCCGCGCUUUCAUCGUCGCGGCGCUUAAUUUUCACAAAAACUUCUCACACCCCGGAACUUGCCGAGCGUUGGCGUAUGCACUGUGAUGUCUACAGAAAUCGUGGCCAAGAAGCUGCUUGCUGAACUAGUAAAAAAAUCGGGCCUCACCUACACUACGGACAACAUAGUGACCAUAUUCCUCAAUCGCGAUGGCAAAUACAGCAGCAAGCGGCUGGCUACGCUUCUGGCGCAACUCUUCAAACCCUUCCCCAACGGGAGCAAGUACGUGGACAUGUACGCACCUGCUAAUACGAAAGAGUCAUAUCCCGCCCUGGUGAUGGUGCUGAACCGAUUUGCGAACGAUUUAAAAACGGCUCACGCGGAAAAGGCUGCCGCCACUGUCGCCUCCGCCGCUGCCACCGUCGCGGCGCAGGAACAGUCGAUAAAGUCGGACACGUCGGGCACGGCCGUGCCGACCGUCAGCUCGGAACCGGUGCACAAACGCGUAUCGCUGUUCGAAAGUCCGCCCCUCUCCUCCACCCGCAUCAUCCCCGACCAGGUAACGCCGGAAAAUGUGCAGGAAAUAAAGGAGAAGCUCGUGCAGGCCACGUCCAAUCCGGCGAGCAACCGGCUAUCGUCCUCGACGUCGCUCCCGCCGGGCAGUAUGAUGGCGGCGCAUCAUCACCACAACUAUCCGUCGCUGAGCCGCCCGGCAGGGUUCGAGUUUUCGCACCGCAAGGCACCGAUCGUGUCGUGGAACUUCAACUACGACGAGCUGUACCCGCUGCAGAGCAAAGCGAACGUGGCCGCCAUCCCGGUCGCGUCCCAGGAACCGAUCGUGCUGAAGGAGGUGCUGAACUGUCUGAUCGGCAUCAAGGGUACGCUGAUUACGCCCCGCAAGGGGGCCACCACGCUCGACCCGGACGGUGCGCUGGCGGUGGAGUUUCAGCUCUCCAACCAGCUGACCGAAUCGUGCCGCGAUAUGGUGGUGGAGGUGUUGCCGCUGGCCGCAAACUACUCCGCCGUACAGUCGUUCAUCGAGGGCGCGAGCGUAACUGAGGGUGGGGUCGUGCUGCAGGCCCUCCGCUCCGUGCUGAAAACGAUCAUGACCGACUACUACCUGUCGAUCGCGCAGCUCGACGAUUUGCGGUGCCGCCGGGGGCUCAGCCUGCAGCGGCUGAUCCAGUUCCUGAAGCCCGUCUACCCGACGAUGGAGGAGCUGGCAGCGACGGUGUCCGAGAUCCGGCGCAGCAAUGCCCGGGGCGGUCAGGUGCUGUCGUUGCUGCACGACCGCAUCACGGCCAAGAGCGGGACGAACCACGCGCAGAAGGUGCUGGUGCAUCUGGUCGAGUCGGCCGCGGCGCCGUUCAUGGAGAUGCUGGAGCUGUGGAUCUACCGGGGCGUCAUUAACGAUCCGCAGCAGGAGUUUUUCAUCGACCACAGCUCGAUGGAGCUGACCGAGAACGAGCUGGUCGACUACUGGGAGAAGCAGUACACCAUCCGGAACGAGAAGGUGCCGUGCUUUUUGGCCAAACACGCGGACAUCAUACUGCGCACCGGCAAGUACCUGAACGUGGUGCGCGUGUGCGGCGGGGCCGAGUUUCAACCGGGCAAUGCGAACGGCGGCGGCGGCGGCGGCGCAACGACGACCGAUCUGCUCAACGCGUCGAGCGCGACGGCCCGGACCACGACCGCGGUCAAACGGCUGCAGUACGCACACUUCGACCAGUCGUACCUGGACGAGAUUGAGGAGGCGUACAAUUUCGCCUCUUCCUCGCUGCUGAAUCUCAUCAUGAACAAGUACGAUCUGAUGGGCCGGCUGCUGUCCGUCAAGCGCUACUUUCUGCUGCAGCAGGGCGACUUCAUCACCGAGUUCAUGGACGCGGUCGAGGAGGAUCUGCGCAAGAGCGUGGACACGCUGCACCCGAUCCGGCUGGCCAACCUGCUGGACGUGACGCUGGGGCUGUCGUCCGCCAAGUACGACGAGUAUCAUGACGAUCUGAAAACGAUGCUGCUACCGUACGGCAUCGUGACGCAGAUCUCGAAAAUCGUCAACAACGAGGACGCGUUCGUGGACACGCUGAGCGACACGUCCCAGCUGAAGGGUAUCGAGUGCUUUACCUUCACCUACAAGGCGCAGUGGCCGGUGUCGAUCGUGCUGAACCUGUGGACCAUCUCGAAGUACCAGAUGAUCUUCCGGCAGCUCUUCUACCUGAAGUACGUCGAGCGCAUCCUUUGCCGGGUGUGGAUCGCCAACAAUGAGACGCGCCAGUUUGCGCCGAACCCGGCCAAGCUGUACCGGUCCGCGUUUACCCUGCGCCAGAAGAUGCUGAUCGCCAUCCAGAGCUUCGAGUCGUACAUGAUGAUCGAGGUGAUCGAACCGAACUGGCACAUUUUUUACCAAAACAUGAAACAGGUCAAAAACAUUGAUGAUGUGCUGAACUAUCAUCAGGACUUUCUGGAUCAAUGUUUGAAGAAUUGCAUGCUUACCGAGCCCGAUUUGCUUAAACCGAUCAUCAAUCUAUGCAAUAUAUGCAUCAAAUUUUGUGACUUUCUAGCGGAAUCACAGCGCCAUUUUGUCGAUGCAGAACUAACAUGCAUGCUCGCGUCCGGUGACGACUGCUCACUGUCUUCCGAAUCCGAUUACGAACAGACCGCAACUACCAUGGCACCGACGGAAACGUUCUCGGAGCGGGUGGAACAAUUUCGCCACGAUUUUACCGACCAGCUCAUGACGCUGCUGCGCAAGAUUGCGGACGUUGCGACGUUAAGCACCUCAGAACGUUUUAUCAACCUCAUUUACCGAAUCAACUUCAACUCGUACUACAGUGAGACGAACGAAAACUAGAGGAAAGGUAACCCACCAUCUGUGAGCAAAAAGGAAGGAGGAAAAAAAGUACAACUCUU